AUGGCAGCUGGUCUAUACUUCUGGUUUUCUUUGAUACCCAUUCUUUGGCUGUGCCCUAUCUUGACAGAAACUGAUAAUUACAUCGUCCACAUGAACUCAGCCGCCAUGCCUAAGCCUUUUGCUAGCCGCCAUAGCUGGUACUCUGCCACCAUUUCCUCUGUUCUGCAUUCUUCUUCUUCUUCUUCUUCUUCUGCAUCUUCCUCCUCCAAAUUGACCCAUUCUUAUAACCAUGCCAUCGAUGGUUUCAGUGCAAGUCUCAGCCCAUCUGAGCUUGAGGCUUUGAAAAAUUCCCCUGGCUAUGUGUCCUCUGUUCUUGAUUCAUCGGUUCGUGUUGAUACAACUCACUCCUCUCAUUUCCUUGGUCUGAGCUCCAACUUUGGUCUCUUGCCCAUCUCUAAUUAUGGCAGUGAUGUUAUAAUUGGGUUUGUGGAUACUGGAAUUUGGCCUGAAGGUGAGAGCUUUAAUGAUGAUGGGAUGUCUGAAAUUCCAUCUAGAUGGAAAGGAGAAUGUGAGCGUGGUACUCAUUUCAAUGCCUCAUUGUGCAACAAGAAGCUGAUUGGAGCUAGGUUUUUUAACAAAGGACUGCUUGCUAAGUUUCCGAAUAUAACAAUAUCGAUGAACUCGACACGUGACACAAUCGGUCAUGGAACUCAUACGGCGACCAUUGCAGCAGGAAGCUACGUUAAAGAGGCGUCGUUUUUCGGCUAUGGUCGAGGAACUGCCAGAGGUGUGGCUCCACGUGCACGGAUAGCAAUAUACAAGGCCAUAUGGGAAGAGGGUAAUGCAGUAUCAGAUGUAAUAGCUGCAAUCGACCAGGCAAUUUCAGAUGGCGUUGAUGUCAUAUCUUUGUCACUCGGUCUCGACGGGGUUCCGUUGUACCAAGAUCCAGUUGCUAUAGCCACAUUCGCCGCAGUGGAGAGAGGUAUUUUCGUGGCGACAACCACCGGAAACAAUGGACCUCAGCUUGGGACAGUACACAAUGGAGCUCCUUGGGUUUUGAAUGUUGCAGCAGGCACAAUGGACCGCGAUUUUGGAGGUACAAUUACACUUAGCAAUGGAGUUACAAUUUUGGGAUCAUCCUUAUUUCCUUUAAACUCAACCAUGGAUGUUUCUCCACUCCCCAUUGUUUUCAUGGGUGGAUGCCAAAAUUUAAAGAAACUCAAACGAAUUGGAUACAAGAUUGCGGUAUGUGAUGACAAAGAUGAGUACUACUCCUUAAGUUCACAAGUUGACAAUGUUCAAAGUGCAAAUGUUGCCUUAGGAGUUUUCAUUUCCAAUAUCUCUGAUUGGGAUAACUUAAUCCAAACAUCAUUCCCUUCAAUUUUCCUCAGCCCAUAUAAUGGUAACAUCAUAAAAGAUUACAUAAAAAAAAGCUCUGACCCAAAAGCAGAGGUGAAUUUCCACAAGACAAUACUUGGGACAAAGCCAGCACCAAGUGUGGCUCGUUACAGCUCAAGAGGGCCAUCAAUGAGCUGCCCAUUUGUGUUAAAGCCCGACAUUAUGGCGCCUGGUGAUGCCAUUUUAGCUUCAUGGCCUCAGAAUGUAGCAGCCAUGUAUGUUUACUCAGACCCAAUUUACACCAAGUUUAAUAUAAUGUCAGGAACUUCAAUGUCUUGCCCGCACGCCGCCGGGGUUGCAGCCCUUCUCAAGGUUGUACACCAUGGGUGGAGCCCUGCAGCGAUUCGGUCGGCAAUGAUGACCACGGCCGAUGUCGUAGACAACAAUCAAACUUCUAUCAAAGACAUUGGCAACAAGAACAGAUUUGCUAGUCCUUUAGCCAUGGGUUCUGGCCAUAUUAAUCCCAACAAAGCCAUUGACCCGGGAUUGGUCUACGACAUGGGAAUCCAAGACUAUGUAAAUCUUUUAUGUGCAUUAAACUACACAAAAAGUCAAAUCCAAACAAUCACUCGAUUGGACUCAAACGACUGCGAAAAUCCAUCGAUGGACUUGAACUACCCUUCUUUUAUCAUAAUUGUGAAUACUAGUAAUUCAAAGACAAGUAAAGGAGAAAUCUUAGGAGAAUUUAAGAGGACAUUGACCAAGAUUGGAGAGAAGAGAGCUACAUAUGAAGCAAAGUUGAGAGGCAUGAAGGGGUUCAAAGUGGGAGUGAAUCCAAAGAAAUUGGAGUUCAAAAGGAAGAAUCAAAAGUUGAGUUUUAAGCUGAAAAUUGCAGGGACUGCAAGAGUUAAAAGAGAAAACGACAUGGUUUUUGGUUAUCUGAGUUGGGUGGAGGUCGGAGGUGGACAUAUUGUUCAAAGUCCUAUAGUGGUUGCCGGCCUAAGAUCGUAUUGGAAUUAA